AUGGAUGAGUAGUUUUACUUCAAAAACAAAAAGCUAAGACAAGAGAAGGAAAGCUAUGUCCAAAGCACACAUUACAUUUCCUGUAUGCAACCUUGGUAGUAGGGAGAGUUCAAAUCACUAUUUUAGCUUCACACCUGACAGCCAAAAUCCCUGGACUAAAACCAGUAGCAACUAACUGAAUUAUUACAUGAUUUUGAGUGCUGUUUCGGUAUUUAUUUUACACUAAUAAAGAAUGAAUAGGUUAUUUCAAAUUAACAUUUUUUUUUCCCAUAGGCCUCCAUACAGUUGUAACCUUUUUGGGGUUAUUCAUUUUAUGGUUACAUGCAUUUAAAGCAACCCCUUUGCAGCACAUUAAGAAAUAAACCGACUCUUUAUUUCUGUUUUGUGGUGGUCUUCCUUGGAAAUUAUUUAGAAUUGACAGAAAGAAGCAAAAAAAAUAAGGUUGUGUACAAGGCCAGGCAACAACAAAUAUGGUGGCACUUCUGUGUUAUAUCAGUGAAAGGAAGCACAACAUGAUUAGCAGAGAAAGUCUGUAUUAUUUUCUUCGUACACUGCUCACAUAAAAAGUGAGGUAAAGCUAAAUAAAAGCAGCAGCAAUUUUACCUGCAAGUAUGCAAAUGUCAUGCCGAUCUUGCCAGCUUGCUCGUGAACUUGACUUCAGACUUGAUGCAUUUAUGUAAAUGAGCAUGUUAUUUUCAGUAACAGCAGAAUGAGGCCUGUGUGGUUGUUUCCACAAAAGACAGAGAGGGAGCAGUGAAGAGGAAGAAGGUGUGGGAGCCCCCCACUCAACCCCAUCAUGUAAAUCAUCGCUUGAGGCUUGACUAAUAUCAGGUGCAUCAAUGUUGCCCGAGGGCCCUGCUGUUUGGGCUGAAGCCCCACCCACUGGUGAGACAACACCUCAGAGAGAGGAACUCACCACACAACUAACAUCACCAAAUACAGCACACACAUGCACCAUCACACACACUCACACAUACACUCUGAACUCUUAGCACAUAUUGGAGCAAGCGUCCUGAUACCAACACUGGCUGUGGAUUGUGGAGUGGCUCUCUGCAGGCCUAAUACUCAGGAGAGGACACGGUUGCUACAACCAGAGGAGGAAACGUGCCUAAGAAUCAAGAUGCAGACUGCUCAGGAACGCAAGCCAAAAAGACCCCACUACAUUCCCCGUCCGCCAGGCAAGCCCUUCAAGUACCAGUGUUUCCAGUGUCCUUUCACCUGCAAUGAGAAGUCCCACCUCUUCAACCACAUGAAAUACGACUUGUGUAAAAACUCAAUCUCCCUGAUGUCACAGAAAACCGGGCAAACAGCUCGACAGGUCAAGGCUGUAGCAAAGGGAGUCCCUGUCAAAUCUAAGGACUGUCCAAGCCCCCAGCAAGCAGCUCAGAACAGCAGUCCUGAGAAACAGGGAGUUGAGGAGAACAAAGAUGAGAGCAGAGAAGACACAGAACAUGUAGAUGUUGGGUGUGAGAGUCCAGUCAACAAGGACAGCCAGAAUGUGACAGAACCAAAUACAGUUACAGAGACAGAGAACAAGGAGAGCAAUGAGGCCAAGUCUCUGCCGCGCCCAUCUGCCUUCUCCCCUGUCACACCCAACCGUGACGGAGCAGAUGCCUUCAAGUCAUCUGUGCAGCAGUCGGAGGACUCACAAACUCCUGCUCCUACUUUCAACCAUCCAGGCUUCCCAUGGGGCACAAUGUCAUCUUCCAUUCCCUUAAAACCAUUACCCCCUCCCAUGGUUCCUGAAUACUCUACUUAUCUCCUGCCUGACCGGCCCCUCUAUCCAUCAUACUACCUCCCAGGAAAUCCCCAUGUGAAUGAGCCAAACUCUCCUUCUUUCCGGCCAGAGUUUCUGGAUCCCCAGAGGCCUGUGGUGCCGCAACCCAUUGCAGCACCACACACUUCCCUCUUUCCUCCAUACACAUACAGAUACUGCCACCCUCUUCACCCGCCCCACCCUUUGCAUUAUACCCUGUACAGGCCACAUGAGCUCUCCAUGCCAAUUCCAGGACCCAGAUAUAUUCCUUUGGAUUUGUACGGCCAGACCCUUGGGCCAAAGGAUUAUGACUUAUACACAUAUUCACGCCUCAGACCCAACAGCCUCAACACAUCUACACAAGAGCAGAGCAACCAUGGGCAGAGUGGAGAUAAAGCAACCAGGCUAAGCCCAAAAGCGGGUUGUUCAGCCUUGGGGUCCCCUGACAGACCCAGCCAUGCACACACCAUACAGAGAGACACAGAGGUCCUGCACUACACCAGCACAAAUGAAUCACAAACAACUGCCGAACAAGAACACACAGAUAGCGCCGUGCAACCCAUCAAACAUGACUCAAGACAAGAAAAGUGUGCUGAAAGCUUGCUGCAGUUAAGAACUCUGCAUGUGGAUGGAGGGUCAGCUGAGAGCAGCAGAUAUUCCUCCAUGUCUGUCUCUGAGCCGUGUCCUGAAAUGUCAGAAGAAGAGGAUGAGGACAGCAGAGAAGAUCUGGCUCCCCUAAACCUCUCAACAAGAAAGCGGGAUAAAGAAAAAAGCCCAUCUGACCACGGACUGAGGUGCUUAGACAAUGAAACAUUAAAAGGGGAUGAGUUGCCUCUGAACCUCAGCCUUCGAGCUUCUCACAGCAGCCCUGAGGAUCUCCAGCAGAGGCCCGAUGCUGAGCUACAUGAAGAACCAUGUGACCAGAGGCAGACUGCAGCACUGGCACUCUGUCAGCUAGCCACUGCAAGCUCUGCUGCCUCCGCAUGUGACUUCAGCACUGCAGACGGGCCUUCCAAGGAUUCCACAGAUGCUACAAGUCCUAACUUUCCAGGGAAGACCAAGCACACACCCAAAACUAAGGCAACUGGCAUGAAAAGAGCAAACAGUGGCCAGGCUGAAAACAUCUGCCAUAAACCACACAAGAGAGCAAAAGCACCAGGACGGGUUCUGAGACGGAGGCCUCGUUGAUGCUAACAAAUACACUCUGACUGUUAUAAUAUUUAGUAAUAAGGACAUAAUAUCUCCCACAUUUACGACUGCAAGCCUCAAUGGGAAAGGAUCAACUUAUUGAAAAAUAAUGUUAAAAUGUUAAUUAAGCACUGAAAGAUUUGAUAAUGCUUGCAGGAGCAAAUGUAACGUGUGUAAAAAACUGCCACGAGGUCAAUUGUUUUAAAAAAAAAAAAAAAAAAAAAAUGCAAAGACUUCACACAAGUAUGUAAAGUCACAAGUAUGUAAAUAUUAUUUCACUUUUUCUCACACUUGAUUGGAAAAGGUGAAAAGCAAUAAGUAUUCUUAAUAUUUAAAUCUGGACAUAUUUUGUAAUAUAGAAAGUUGACAAUGGAUUGACUCUGUAAAUGUAAAAAAUUUGAAUAAAGAAGAAACAAAAACUGA